UUAUAUAACCUACACUGUCAUGAGAGUGUGUUGCUGCCGCUGUUUGUUAUGGCCAAGGGGUAAACUUGAGAACUAAGAUUCUCAAAAACAUAGGAGCAUGAUAGACCAGUAACAAUGUGAGGAUAAUGUAGCCUGUUUCAGAGAGGGAAAGGUGGGUUUAACUGCCAUUUUUACGUAUCAUUUGAGUAACGUUAUGACUGCUGAGAAGAAUAUAUACUGUACAACUGAGUGUCUACUAGUAAAUUUACUAGUACUAUUACUUGUAAUACUUAUAUUUCGCUUUUUUUUACUGUAUACUUGACUUAUGUCUUGCUUUUUGUUUAUAUUUCUUGUUUUUGCUGCUCUUACACUGCACCGUGGAGCCAAUAAAGGUUAGCUUAACAAUAUCUUAUUAAAACAAAACAGCAUUUUGUCUGUAGCUAGGAGUGAAGCUAACGUUAGCCCCAAAUUAGCCAGAAGUCUAACGUUAGCUUUAGCUUGUUAGCAAGCAUAGCCAUAACUCUGCAUAUCUAUACCCACUUAUCGCAUUGUUGGACGUAAUGUAAAUGCGUUAACCUUGCCUUGUAUUACGACGUCGACCAUUUUUUAACAUAAAAUAGUGUAAUAAUUAAGCCGUCUUAUUAAAAGGGGACCCUCACUCUGACUGUAAAUGCAUUAACUUUUUCACAACGUCUAAACCACAGCCCCGCCUAAUUUUAUAGGACAAGGGCUAUACUUCCCACAACACGAUUGGUGGAUCGAAAUUUGAGUGACAUGUAUGCACACCAAUCGGCUUUCAGGAUUUUUGAAUGUGGGCUUUUCAACUCUGAUUUUCAACCAAUCACGUCCAGACAUUGUCAUGAAGGUGGCCAAUAGCGUCGGUUACUAUGGAGUGUAUCCAAUCAGAGUCAGAUGUGGGGUCUUUUAAAGAUAGUUUCAGGAAGUGCCGUUAAAUACCAGGAAGUUGUAAACAAAGCUGACAGCUAUUCAGUUAGCUGUUAACUAGAUCCGAAUGGAUGCUGAGCCAGUCGUGUAAAAUAGGCUAGUUAUUCGCCGGUGUCGUGUAUCUAUCGGUGAUACAGCAAAUUGUUUUCUUUUCUGUAGAGAGCGUUCGCGGAAAUAGAUUUUUUUCCCGAGCGUUUAUUCAACAAGCUGACGUUAGCUGCCUUCCGUUUUGUCGUUAGGAAAAGGCUAACGUUUGCACAAGGACGUUAGUGCUAGCGUUAACGCUUCCGAAGUUAACGUCAAAUCGAGCAUUAUUAUCCCGAAUUGAACGGGUAGUGAGCAACAUCAGGACCCGAUUCUUGUUUUUCUGCUGUAUUUGCUGUCUGGGCGCAGAAAGAGCGAGAGAGUUCGUCCAUUUUAGCAGGACAACAAUGUCUACAUCCAACGCUAAUUUCAAAAACAAGUGUGUGACCCAGGUUAACUGCAUAUUCUGUGACAGUCUGCUCUGCACGAGAGGCAUGAAAGCAGUGCUUCUUGCAGACACUGAGGUUGAGCUGUUUUCGACUGAUAUACCUCCCAAUAGAACUGUUGACUUUGUGGCCAGCUGCUACUCUACUGAAAGCUGCAAAUGCAAACUGAGAGACAUCGCAUGUCUCAAGUGUGGAAAUGUUGUGGGCUAUCAUGUUGUCGCCCCCUGUAAACCCUGCCUGCUCUCCUGUAACAACGGCCAUUUCUGGAUGUUCAACAGCGAUGCUGUAUCUACUCUCAACAGACUGGAUGCGACAGGUCUGAAUCUGCUCCUGUGGGGAGAUCUUCCCGAGCUUGAUGACAGCGAGAACGAAGAAUCGGAAAGCCCAUCAGAAGAGGAGUGUAUUAGGUAGACAGGGAAACGGACAAUGCGAAGAGAAGUGGAACGCCAACAUUUGAGGUGGAGCUAGAAGAGUGUACAAACCAUGCUUGAGAUGAGAGAGAAAAGAGACAUUUUAAAGAGUAAUUUAAUACUGAAUCAAGUAGGGCAAAAAAAUAAGUGCUGCUGUACUGCUCUGCAUGGAUUGAUAACUGAAACCAUGGUGCACAUCUGGCCACACCCCCAUCACUGAUGUCACAGCAGGUGCUCACCAUCACCUGUCAAAGGCAAAACACCUGUUGUGACAUCACUGCUUGGCUAGAAACACAACAUGCACCACAGUUUGAACCCACAGAGAACAGUGCAGCAAAAGAUUUUUGCCCCUGCAUCGUUUAGUGUUGAAUCACUUAAACCUGUGACCAUGCCUUCCCCCAUCACUCUCACUGUUAAAAGCACAGACGCACACAAUGUGACACAUAUUCUUUACUCUCUUUUUUCGUAUACUUGCAUGGGCUAUUAUAAAAACACGUGGCUGAAGUAGACUGAAAAUAACAGACAACUAGACUCCUUAAUCUAGUGCAUUCUACUCUUCAUCACAGAGUCUCCACUGACCUCGUGGUUGUGGAUCGGCCCCAUGAGAAGUUGGGGGUGUGGUAUGAUAAGUCAGUGGGACUUAUCAGCGAAUGCUGUGCUUUUUCACGCUCUUUACGUUCAGUCCAGUUUUCUGAAAAGGUGACCACGAUUCGCCUAUCUUCAUUUUAAUGGCAGUUAUAAUCUGUACAUUGAAUAUGCUGUAAUAAGCAAAAACUCCAAUAAGAGUUGUGUCUUAAAGGCUUAUAUUCUCUCUGUGUGGCUGGGUGCUGACUGAAAGAGAGUGCUUUUUGAAUCUCGUAUAUUGGAGAAAUAGCACAAUGGUUGAAUGAUAUAUAUAUAUAUAUAUGAGUUCCUUGCUUUUUAAGGGCAUAUUUGAUUUAGGUUACCUUACGAUCUGACGUUCUAUCGGUGAUACAUUUUGAUAUGCUUACACAGUGUUGUUACAUACUUGACAGCAGCAGUAUGUGCUUAACACCCAGAUGAAUCUGACUGUAGCAGUAUCUGAUACUAACCUACUAACUUAUGCAUAGGGUGUGCUUCCACAAAGGCCUGGAGCAGCUGAGUUUUGAAGUUAAGUUCUCGGUAAGAGCUCAAAUCAAGUAAUGUGUUCUCAGAUUGAUGAUGUAGAAAAGCUAGAACUGAAGCUGACAAAGGUGCACUUUUGCAACACUCCAAAAAUCUUUAAUGUGGAUCAUUAAGAUGGAUUAUGAAACCGUGACUUCUAAAUGGAUUUCCAUGCUCUGUUUUUGUUCCAUUACUGUUCAGUUUUAUGUAGCAGCAUAGUUGUAGCACCUGAAGAGAAGGCGACUCCAAAGAAUCAUGGAACAUAUCAAUAUGGAAUUUAUGGAGUGGCCGCCCCUCUAAAAAGGAUAAUUAUGUCAUUUUGGGCCCGCUUAUUGGAUAACUUUAUUUUUUAAUUAUUCUGUUGUGAGGUUAAGCUUAAAGGGACAGUUCGCCCCAAAAUAAAAAACACAUAUUUUACCUCUUACUUUUAGUCCUACUUACAUCUAGAUCGUUUUGGUGUGAGCUGCAAAGCGUUGGAGAUAUCGGCCGUGGAGAUGUCUGCCUUCUCUCUAGUAUAAUGGAAGUAGAUGGUGCUCUGCUUGUGAUGCUCAAAGCGCCAAAAAAAUACAUUCGUAAACUCAACAACAAUGUCCGAUUCCAAUUACUCAAGAUAAUACACAGACCUUGCUGUAAACAGUUUAAUGUAGGAACUAUUUUUUUGUCUACUGAACUACACCAGCAUCACUGCAUAAAAGAAAGCUGCUGCUACUGAGCUAGCUAAUGUUACAGCUCAGCUGAGGAGAACGCCAUGAUUGUUUACAUCUUGCAUUAUCCUUAGCAGGAGUCUCGCGCAUGAGUAGAUGCACUCCUCCUGCACAGUGAUACAGUUGGCAGGUGCAGUUCGGUAGAAAGAAAAUAGUUCCUGCAUGAAACUGCUCACAACAAGGUCUGUGGAUUAUCUUGAGUAACUGGGUCAUGAUUUCGGGAAAGAGACAUUGCUGUUGAGUUUUUCAAAUGUAUGGUUUUGGUGCUUUGAGUAUCACAAACCAAGUGCCAUCUAGUUCCAUUAUAUUGUAGAGAAGGAAAACAUCUCUACGGCUGAUAUCUCCAACAGUCAGCAACUCGCACCAAAACAAUCUAGACUGAUAAACAGCACUACAGGUGAGAGGAAAAAUGUGUAUUUCUGAUGUUGGAGUGAACUGUCCCUUUAAGUCAGUGGAGCUGACCAUGAAACUUUUAACCCUCAAUAUUCUUUUGGCCUUACUGAUGCUGUGAUUGCUGACAAUGAACCUUUUGUUAAGCUGUGGACUCGAGGAUGAUGCUGUAUGUUAGUUGGUCAUCACCAACUGACCAGGCCUUCUCCUCAACCCUGUUGUGCAAGACACAGCCUUGGACAUCCUCCAGUCACAAGGGACUUAACUCAAGUCAGUCCUUUUUUGGCAGUGCCAUCCUUCUGCUCUUGUUAUUGUUUCACUGCUGUGCACUGCUGAUACUAUGAUCCUGUCUUAAAGUAACCGUCGUUAAUGUGAGUGAAUGAGGUUUGCCCACGUUGUCGGCAAACGUAGAAUGUCACUUCUUACCUGAAGGAAAAUGAUAAAAAGAAGAAGGUAUUUUUUAACGUUAAUUGGCCUCUGUAUUUAUGCUAUAGCCUUUAGUUGUGGAAAAACACACAUAGAGGAGGAAAACCGUGUCCAGAUUUUCACGUCUUUCACCUUUAAAUUAUAACUGACAGUCUGCUACACUUGCACACCAAAUACUGUCUAUGUGGUUAAACUGCUAGGAUACAGUUCAUCAGCUAGGUAUUUAUUAAACCCACAUACCAAAUAUCUAUAACCACAUACUUCCUUUUUGUUUACAAGCUUUGUUUACAAAUGCAAUUGGUUUGUUUUGUGCUACAGUUCUUAUGUUUUUAUGUUGACGUAUUUAAUAUUUCAUUUGUGAUGUAGUGCUUUGUUUUGUACGUUAAAGAUCUGAUGUGUACAGUUUUACCUCAAGAAGGUAUCACUCGCGAGCUUCCUCUGGCUAGGACAAUUGUCAUGAUAAUCAAAAAAAAAAAAAAAAGAAAUAUUUAAAUGGCUGUUUCUGACGUGAAUAACUUUGAUUAACAUGCCCUGCUGAAAAAAUGUAUAUUUUGGAAUUGCACUGAAACUGCAUUGGUAGUUUGAAAAAAAGGAUUUGUUGUUUUG